GAGCACAUUGUCAUCGGCAUAGUCAAGGCCGUUGCAUCGAAGCUGCACGGUGUCGAGGUGGAAAUUGACAUUGUGAAGCGCAAAGGUGAGCCCAUCGAUGAGACCGAGAAGGAACGCGCCCUGGCACGCGAACAGCAACAAUUGGAAACUGAGACGUCGGCUGCCGGAUCGGAUGCCACAGCAAGUGUUGCGGCUGCUUCUGCUGCUGCUGAAGCGUCUGCACCAGUUCAAGUUGCAGGCACUGCAAUUGCCGCACCAGCAAACGCCGAGCACAAUAAUAAUCACAAUGCCAACAACAACAAUGGCAUCAACAACGGCAGCAACAACAUCAACAACAACAACGAUGGUCAGCAAAUUGCCAGCGAGCCGGCUGGCGAUCAAUUGCCGGCCACAUCGAAGGCCACAGGCGGCGCGACAUGUGGGCCAGUUGUGCAGGAUAGCUUCGACUGCGACGGCGACAAGGAGCAGAAGUGCCUGCGCCUGCUGAAGAACAAGAGCGAUGACAUCGAACGCUAUGACCAUGUACAGUUUCUGAUACGUGAAAUCAAUGUGGCCGCCAAAUCGCAAGUGGAUGCCAAGAAGGAUGACCCGGCGGCCAGCGAUGAUAUGGAGUUUCUCUGUGAAGCUCCACUCAUCUCGCCAGCGACUUUCUGCAAGGUGUUCCCCUUCCACCUGAUGUUCGAUAGACAAAUGAAAAUCGUACAGGCCGGCAAGGCCGUAUCCCGCGUUAUACCCAGAGUGGCCGAGGAGAACUGCUCGCUGAUAGAGGUGGUGGAGGCCAUUAGACCACACCUGCAGCUCACAUUUGAGAACAUUUUGUCGCACAUAAACACCAUCUAUGUGCUCCAGACGAGGCAGGGCGCCAUGAGCAGCCGGCUCGAGCAGCGCUUUCUCAGACUGAAGGGCCAAAUGAUGUAUAUACCAGAAACAGAUCGCAUAUUGUUUCAGUGCUAUCCGAGCGUCAUGAAUUUGGAUGAUCUAACCAAGAAGGGACUCUACAUUUCGGAUGUGCCGCUGCACGAUGCGGCCAGAGAUUUGGUGCUGCUUUCUGAGAAAUUCGAGGCUGAAUACAAGCUGACCAAAAAUCUGGAAAUGCUGACGGAUAAGCUACAGCAAACGUUUCGCGAUCUGGAGAGUGAGAAGCAGAAAACGGACAGGCUGCUCUACUCGGUGCUGCCCAAGUCUGUGGCAAAUGAGUUACGACAUCAGCGUCCAGUGCCGCCCAAACGCUACGACUCCGUAACGCUGAUGUUCUCUGGCAUUGUGGGCUUCGGGCAAUAUUGUGCAGCCAACACAGAUCCCGAGGGUGCCAUGAAAAUUGUAAAAAUGCUUAACGAGCUCUACACCGUCUUUGACGCGCUCACCGACUCCAAGCGCAACCUGAAUGUCUACAAAGUGGAAACUGUGGGCGAUAAGUAUAUGGCCGUCUCGGGUCUGCCAGAUCAUUGUGAGGAUCAUGCCAAGUGUAUGGCGCGCGUCGCUUUGGAUAUGAUGGAUAUGGCCAAGAAUGUCAAAAUGGGCUCAAAUCCGGUGCAAAUCACCAUUGGCAUCCAUUCGGGCGAGGUGGUCACCGGCGUCAUCGGGAAUCGUGUGCCGCGCUAUUGCCUCUUUGGCAACACCGUCAACCUGACGAGCCGCACCGAGACUACCGGCGUGCCCGGUCGCAUAAACAUAAGCGAGGAGACCUACCGGCUGCUGUGCCAGGAGAUCAACGAGGAUGAUUCAUUUAAUCUGGAGUACCGCGGCCCGGUCAUCAUGAAAGGCAAGCCGACACCGAUGGACUGCUGGUUCCUGACACGUGCCACCAGCGCACUAAACGCCAGCAGCAGCGGCAAUGGCAGCCUCGACUCGCCGCAGCUGCAGCCCACAACGCCAACGGCCACAACGCAGCGGCUGGUCAUGGGCAUGGGACAUGCCAGUGUCUCACGUACAUCCUCGGCGAGCGGCAGUACCGGCGGUGGCGGCGGUGCCAGUGGUGGGGGAGCAGCCGCAACGGGUCCUGUGGCGCCCUCAGAUGCAUAGGAAAUGCAAAAGGAUGCAAAUAUACUGUAAAUCUACGUGCAACUCCUCGACUUCAGCAGCCAAGCGACUAUCCAACUGAUUGUGUGUGUGUGUGCGUGUGUGUGUGACUUGGCCACUUAACCACUUCAUUUCAAUGUAUUUGUGCUGUCUUGGCUCGCAUCCUUGUGUGCAUCUGCGUGUGUAAGUGUGAGUGUGUGUGUGUGUGCGACUGCUGCUGCUGCUGCCACAUUGCGGCUGAAGAAGUUGGCAUCAGGCAUCGCUGGAUCGUUGUGCAAGAAAUCGGAAAUUCAAGGGAAUCCAAGCUAUAACUACUCGUACGUUGUAAUUAGUAAGUAAAGAGAAAUAUAUAUAUGUAUGUGUGUGUGUGUGCAUGUUUCAACUGUAUAAAAAUGAGAAAUGAGUUAAAUAUUUGUAUUCGUCGAGGCUUCUUGAGUGUGUAUAAAACGAGAUGCGAUUUAAUAAUUAUUUUUCUACUUUGUGAUGGUUUCUUAGGCUGAACUUUUUGUGCUUUGUACUAUAGAUGUAAUUUAUGUAGACACUACUCAGACAUAUAAAACUAACUAUACAAAAAUGAAAUUUCUUUCAAAAAGCCACUCAUGAAGAAGAACUGUAAAAAUUUCUAUGAGCAAAACAUGUAAGGCAAAUAUUCUAAUCCACAAUUGUUUUUGGACUUUGAUUAAGCAAAAUACAUAUACAUAUUUAAGUAUAACAAAAAGCACCUAAAGAAAAAAAACAUCAGUAGCAUAUUAGAUGAUAUAGACGGGGGUUACUUAACGCUGAAACGAUUUCAGAAUUCACAAAACAGCAUUGCACAACUUCUAUACAGGGCUAUUGACCAGAAACAAAAAGGUUAGCACACUCAAAUGCACCAAAGAGCAAAUCUUUCACAAGAAAAUAAUAUGAUAACCAAAAA